AAAAAGCUUGUCUGGUUUGCUCGCGAUUUGCUGCCUCCCGUCCUGGUGCCCUUUUAUUUUUCCAAGCAGGCUAUCCCACCAUCAAGCGCCGGGUAUACAUACAUUACUUGUCACGAUCACCUUUUAUUGCCGUACAGUUGUAAACAUCUCCGUAUCGUUAUCUUGGGAACGGUGACAGUUUCAAAUUCCCACUAGCGCAGUUCCUUGAUCUCCAGCUCGCCGUGUGUCGUUUCCCCUUGCCAUUUUUUACUCAACAAGAGCGCCCUGCUACUUGACGAAGGCUGUUUAUGCUGGAGAUUAUCAGUGUGAUAUAGAGGCUGUGCAGAUCACUGUCCGCAACUCCAGUUCAGUUACGGUAUUGUUAUUUCCUGCUGUUGAAUCCAAGGGCCGUCCUACACUAGCAAUGCUAGCGAAUACGGACAGUCAGGAAGGUGCCAAAUCCGUAGAAUCAGUCCAACACCUCCAAGAACAGCCAAGAGAAAAAGAAUCAUCUCGAUCACCGUCAAAUCCGUCCGGCUUCCCCGCAUUCUCUCUCCCGGCAGCUACCUCAUCAAUUCCAACGUGCAGCGUUACUCCAUCAGAAACUUCCCUGUCAACAUCAAAUGACGGUAUAACUUCGUUCGAAGACACGUUCAGUCAGUUUGUAGACUCCAUGGCACCCCACCAAGGACCGGAAGACAGCGUGGAAGGGCAUUCUGGUCACCUCGAAAACUCCGACCUUCCUGAAGUAUUGAAUAUCAAUCAUAUGGACUGGGAAGGUCAAGGGCUUCAGGAUAUUUUUGAUCCUAAUACCCUUCAGGCACCGGUUGACGGGGCAAACUCUUUGCGGCUGAUGAAUGAUGUAGAUUCUGGUUCGUCAAGAAGCAUAGGUGAUUUUACUUCACAACCUACCGAUUCUGGCCAGAGUUUAUCCUGGCCGACCGAACAUGCUCUGUUGGACGAAAUGUCAGGAUGCGAAGCCACUGACGCCUUUCCUCUGCAAUCGUCUUUCGACGAUUUCACCUUGUCCGGCUCAUUACAACAGGAAAAGACCGGUGGUUCGGUUAAUCAAGAUACUAGUGCUUUUACUGCUGACACAAAUGAUGGGAUGGGUAGUACUGCACCUGCCCACGAGAUCGCACAGGACGAUAGAGAUGCUAUGAGCGAGACGACCAACGGCGAAGUACUUAUGUCCGCAGUAGAAUCUUUUGCAAAUAGUGCCGAUGCUGCCGCAGACCGUCCUGUACCGCAUGUGUCAGAUGCUGAUAUGAUUUCUAAUGCCCCAACUGGUUUGUCGUCAAAGGCGCCGGCUUCUCAAGCCAAUUCCACGCCCAGUACUCCAACAGUAGAAAGGCGUGUUACACGAGGAAAGGCUCCUGUAAAUUAUAAAGCACUAUUGGAUGGCCCUUCCAUUACAAGCAAGCUCAUACCACCAAAGAAACCGACGCAUAAUCAAGAAGGUGAAAGAGUUUAUUGUAUGUGUAGAGAACCAGAUUAUGGCAAAUUCAUGAUUCAAUGUGACAACUGCGAGGAGUGGUUCCAUGGAAAGUGCGUCGGUUUGACCAAGAAAGCUGGAGAAAAGCUGACAACGUAUCACUGUCCGCUCUGUCAAGAAUUGCUCGGCUCUGCCAAUGCUUCUCAAACCAAUGUCCAGUCCACGACAGCGCAGGCGAUGAGUCCCAAUGCUAGAGGGGGACGUCGGUCAUCCGUUCUAGCUGUUAUCCCUCGUCAUAACCAAACCCACGCAAUGCCAAGUAGCGUGAGCCAUCAAAAUAGCGCAAGUUCCGGAGUUCGAUCAGCGACUGCUUCAUCAACGCCAGCACGAAGAAAAGAACGAUCUGUCGACGUGGAUCGAUUUUAUCGUAGUAACGCGUCCCCAGUUACUCAAUCCAUCAAGUGUUCAUUUGGCCCGUGUACGAAGGCUCCUAUACCAAACGCACAUUUCUGCAGCGCAGAUUGUGCAAGAAGUUUCGCUGGAACGGCCCCACCUCUGACGUGCUUAAAUGUCGCAUGCACCAAUUCUUCUCAAAAGGGGUCAAGGUUCUGUGGGCAGGAUUGCGAGAAACUCUAUGCAGAACAGCAGGAAAGAUUGAUGAUUGCGUCACGACAAGCUGCUGCUACGGCAGCAGAGAAGACCAGUCCAAAACCACCGCCUACACCGGCAUGGAUGAAUGAUCCAGUUCGGAAAAUGGCACGGAAAAACUUUGAAGAAACCCUUAGCACGAUUUUUACCGAGGCAAGGGAGCAUCCAGAAGUUUAUGGUGGCCUGCUUGAUGAAAAGAUUGACUUGGAGGAUCCUAAAGCGUUUGCUGCCCAGUUGGAGACUGAGCUCUUUGAUGCUUUAGCAACGCCUAUUAAGGGAGAUCCCAAAGGAACGUUAGAAUGCGGUGCACCGUAUAAGAGCAAAUACCGUUCUCUGCAAUUCAAUUUAAAAGAUCAGCGUAAUCUCCGUUUACGUCGAAGAGUUCUUUGCGGGGACGUCACCUUACACGAACUUGUUCGUCUUCCGCCGGAGGACCUGGGCAACGAUGAGGUUAAAGCCGCUGCCGAGGAAAUCCGCAGACGAUCGCUACGAGAUGCUCUCAGGGUAAACACAGAUCAAAUAAGCUAUGUCAAAAAGACGCAUAAAGGCGAGAUCGAAGUUGUACGUCCUGUUGUACAAGGACCUGCCGGAGGUUCCAUGAAUUUAAGUACAGCCUCCAUCGCACCAAAGUUAACAACGGAUGAAGAUACUCAGGUGGAAAAACCGUCACGCAGUGAGAGCCCACUGGUGGAGCAAAAGUCACCGGGAUCCAUCGAACAUCUCGGCGACGUACAAAGCACCGAAGCAAUGGAUGUGUCCCGCGUGGAAGCAACGAGCACUGCUGAAAAGCGUAGCGGAAGUAACCAGCCGGAGGAUGAGGAACGUGUGUCCAAGAAAUUGAAGACUGGGGCCAAAGAUGUUGUACCUGAAGAUGAAAGCCCCAAUGCGACACCCCCUGAGACGCCAAAGGCCGAUGAGUACGAUCCUUAUGAACCGUAUUAUCCGGAUUCCGACAAUGAUCCACCUCGCGAAGAGCUGGUCUUGGAGGGCGACGCAGCGGGUGAGGACUACGAGUACGAUCCGGAAACGGCCGAUUCAAUGGAAUUAGACAUGCCCUUUGUUGGGUCUCCGCAACCUGAUGUGGAUCCGGAUGCCACUGUUUGGCGCGGAAGAGUGCACAUGCCACAGAUUGGGAAAUUUACAGGCACCUGCAAGCAAGUGUGUGGUCGGACUAUCGGGGAUGUGAAGACAUGGGAAGACAUCUUACCUGCAACAAUCUCGAUCGACGGACGUGUUGCAGUGGGCAUGGUCGAAAAGUAUUUACGAGAGCAGCGGUACAGUGGUGGAAAACAAGUGGUGGCGGUCGAAUUUCGAGCGGGCGAAGAUGAACCUUCAUUAGCAUCCCCAGACGAUCAAAACGGAUUUGGUGCUCUUUUUGACUACUUCCAGUCACGAAGCCGUCUUGCAGUUGUUGGACACCAUUAUGUCAGUAUCAAAGAUAUGUAUAUUGUACCAAUAGGGCGGAAUGACUCUAUUCCUGGCUUCAUCCAGGAAUUGGACGAUUGCAGAGUAGAGCCAACUCCCAGGGAUCGAGACAUUCUCCUUGGAGUGAUCAUUCUGGCCAAAGGCUUCACUGGAUCCGGCUCAUCGAAGAGUAGCUCUGAUUCUGCCGGACACGCUUUUAAUGGAGCAAGGAAGAAGAGCGAAGAAACAAAUUUAGAAAAGGUCCGACCACCAGAAAUAAUAUCCUCGAUUCCCGCUACGACGUCGAUGCCAGCGAUACUUCCGGCGGUGCAGCCCCUACUGGUGCCAUCAGUCACUCCGUUAAACAAGCCAAGCUUGCUAGACACCUUGGCUCCACUCCCGAGUGGGCCAAGCACGACAGCGAACCCACCUCCAUUGGCAGGCACCCAACCGCCAAUGCAGCUAUCACACGGCGUGGACACGACUUCCCUUCUAACAACCCUUCUUUCCAAUCCAAACAACCUUGGUCUUGUCACCAACUUGUUAUCACAGCUGACACAGCCAGGUACCAAUUUACCCAUGGGCAAUCUCAAUGUUGGUAAUCUUUUGGGGGCGCUGAACGGUGGUCUAGGAGGUGUACCUCCACCCACCAGCUCGCAACAGCAAACGCAACACGCCGGACUUGGGGGAUUACUAGGGUCUCUGGGGGGAGGAUUAGGAGGAUUUGGAAUGCCACAGCAGCAGCCUAGUAUUCCAGGACAACCAGCUUUGAACAUUUUUGGACAAGGAGAGGAGCAAAGUCGGCUUGGGGGAAGGAAUGGUAGACAAUCACGAUGGGAUCGAAGAUGAUGAAUUUUUCUGUUUUGGGCAUGAUGAUCGUUGUUAAUUGUAAUAUUGUUGUAGGAAAGUUUUUGUGUUGUCUCUGCUAAUACUUGUUUGUAAAUAUGCGAUAUAUAAUAUCUUUUUUUUGAAUUCUAAAGUUAAAAUCAGUUGUAGGAUCAAAACGUAUUGAAAAAUGAUUUAAAG